AUGUCAGACGAUGAUUUUAUGCAGGACUCAGGGGACGAGGACUACGACUUUGAGUACGAGGAUGCCGACGAGGAUGAGUCAGGCGACAUCGGGAUCGAAAACAAAUAUUACAAUGCGAAGCAGAUGAAGGUGGAUAACCCCGAGGAGGCGGUUGAUGAGUUCCUGGGUAUACCACCGUUGGAGCAAGACAAGAGCGAUUGGGGAUUCAAAGGAUUGAAACAGGCUAUCAAGCUGGAGUUUAAGCUGGGGAGAUACAGCGAUGUAAGCCUGCCCUCUAUACUUGGCUACUACUCACACAUGGAACUCACCCCUCGCCCUGUGCAGGCCGUCGAACAUUACCGAGAACUGUUGACCUAUGUCAAAUCAGCCGUCACGCGAAACUACUCCGAGAAAUCCAUCAAUAACAUGCUCGACUACAUCGAAAAGGGGUCCGACGACGCCCAGGCAUAUCAGUGCAUGGAAGAGUUCUACUCCCUCACCCUCCACUCUUUCCAAAACACCAACAACGAGCGACUCUGGUUGAAGACAAACAUCAAAUUGGCACGGUUGUGGCUGGAACGCAAAGACUAUGGUCAGCUGAGCAAGAAAGUACGGGAGCUGCACCGGGCUUGUCAGCGCGAGGACGGGUCCGACGACCCUAGCAAGGGAACCUAUUUGCUCGAACUCUAUGCCCUGGAAAUCCAGAUGUACGCCGAAACGAAGAACAACAAACGACUCAAGGCACUCUAUCAGCGGGCUCUCCGCGUACGAUCGGCGGUUCCACACCCCAAGAUCAUGGGGAUCAUCCGCGAAUGUGGAGGGAAGAUGCACAUGAGUGAGGAGAACUGGGAGGAGGCACAGAGCGACUUUUUCGAAUCAUUCCGCAACUACGACGAGGCCGGGUCAAUGCAACGGAUCCAGGUUCUCAAAUACCUUGUCCUCACGACCAUGCUCAUGAAGUCGGACAUCAACCCCUUCGAUUCCCAGGAGACCAAGCCAUACAAGAACGACCCGCGCAUUUCCGCCAUGACCGACCUGGUCGAUUCCUUCCAGCGCGAUGACAUCCAUGCCUAUGAAGCAGUGCUGAGCAAACACCCCGAUGUGCUGGCCGACCCGUUCAUCGCGGAGAACAUCGACGAGGUCAGCCGGAACAUGCGCACCAAGGCUGUGCUCAAGCUUAUUGCGCCCUACACGCGCUUCUCGCUCAAAUUCAUCUCCAAGCAUAUCAAGAUCGCCGUGCCCGAGGUUUUGGACAUUCUCAGCUUCUUAAUUCUCGACAAGAAGCUCAAUGCCAAGAUCGACCAGGAAAACGGAACGGUCGUGGUCGAGAGUGCGAGUGACGUGGAGCGACUGCGGGCCCUGGAAGAGUGGGGGUCAUCGCUGGGGAGUCUGUGGCAGAUGGCGCUCAAUGGCGAGGGAUUCCGCGCGGACGAGUUCUCUCCUGGACCCGGUUCGAUGUUUCCAACCGGCUUGGGCGACGACUCUCCCUGUCGGCAUGCGAAUGAACCCGCGGCAGCGCAAAGAGGCGAAAGGCAAACCAAAGCUUACAGCCAAGCUAAGCGGAGGCUUUUAGGGCUGUAG